AUGAGAGGGGCUCUAAUUCUCCUGGCUCCCCUUGCGGGCGCUUCUUUUCUGGCUUCAAGAUACGACCUUGAUGACUGCCCUGGCUAUAGGGCUUCCAACAUCAAGCAACUAGGCCAGAGGUUGACAGCUGAUCUAAGUCUUGCUGGAGAUGCCUGUAACACCUAUGGCUCGGACCUUCUAGACUUGAAGCUCCUUGUAGAGGAACAAAGUGAAAACCGCCUCCACGUCUUGAUCUACGAUGCCGACGAGGAGGUAUAUCAAGUUCCUGAAUCUGUAGUUCCCCGUCCAGAAUGUGAAAAAGAGCCAAAGGACUCACAGCUGCGCUUCGACUAUGAAGAGAACCCAUUUUCGUUCCGCGUCCUGCGCGGAGAAGAAGUACUAUUCGAUACAUCGGAUACAAACCUCAUCUUCCAGUCUCAGUAUCUAAACAUCCGCACUUGGCUCCCUAAUGAGCCGAACCUAUACGGCUUGGGUGAACAUAGUGAUUCAUUGCGUUUGCCGACGACAAACUACACGCGUACGCUGUGGAACCGCGAUGCGUAUGGGAUCCCAUCGGAGACAAAUCUCUACGGUGCUCAUCCUGUUUACAUUGACCACCGUGGAAAACAGGGCACCCAUGGCGUUUUCCUCUUGAGCUCCAAUGGAAUGGAUAUCAAGAUCGAUAAAACCGAAGACAGCAGACAGUAUCUUGAGUAUCACACUCUUGGUGGAGUCCUGGACUUCUACUUCUUGGCUGGUCCUACCCCCAAAGAAGUCAGUGUUCAAUAUUCCGAGGUCGUGGGUCUUCCAGUCAUGCAAAGUUAUUGGACAUUUGGGUACCACAACUGCCGAUACGGCUACCAAGAUGUGUUUGAAGUCGCCGAGGUUGUUUACAACUAUAGUCAGGCUCGUAUUCCACUCGAAACCAUGUGGACCGACAUAGAUUACAUGCAAGGCAGACGGGUGUUUACCCUAGACGAAGAGCGGUUCCCUCUAGACAAGAUGCGGGAGCUGGUUUCACACCUUCAUAAGCAUGAGCAGCAUUAUAUUGUGAUGGUCGAUCCAGCCAUCAGUCACUCUGACAACGAGGCAUUCAACACAGGCUCCGACCAAGGUGUCUUUCUUUACCGCGACUACGAGCAAAAUGAACUAUACCAAGGUGCCGUCUGGCCCGGUGUAACCGUCUACCCAGACUGGUUUCAUACAGACACACAGUACUACUGGAACGGUGAAUUUGAGCGAUUCUUCAACAGGGACGACGGAGUCGAUAUCGACGGACUUUGGAUCGACAUGAACGAAGCUUCCAAUUUCUGCCCAUACCCAUGCACAAAUCCAGCAGAAUAUGCUGAAAAUAACAACCUGCCUCCGCCCCCUCCACCUGUCCGAUCCCCUCCACGCCGUCUGCCUGGCUUCCCUGCCAACUUCCAGCCUAGUUCUUCGUCACCCUCUUCCAAUCACACGAAGAGAAGCGAGCCCAUCAACGAGAUACAGAAUACCAAAAAGCAAAUUAGCCGAAAUGUCACGACCAAAAGAAUCGGUUUGGCAUAUCGAGAUCUCAUCAAUCCGGCAUAUCAAAUUGCCAACGUGGCUGGCUCCCUCAGCAACAAAACCAUUGAUACCGACAUCAUCCAUGCUGGAGAUGGAUAUGCCGAAUAUGACACGCACAAUCUCUACGGCACCAUGAUGGGCGCUGCGUCCCGCAAAGCAAUGCUCCAACGUCGACCCGGUGUGCGGCCCCUCGUCAUCACCCGUAGCACUUUUGCAGGCGCAGGCGCACAAGUUGGUCACUGGCUCGGCGACAACGUCAGCCAAUGGGAUAAAUACCGCGUCUCGAUUGCCCAGAUGCUAGCCUUCGCUUCCAUUUUCCAAGUGCCCAUGGUCGGCACGGAUGUAUGUGGGUUUGCUGGAAAUACGACAGAAGAGCUCUGCGCGCGCUGGGCAAUGCUCGGCGGGUUUUAUCCUUUUUUCCGGAAUCACAAUGAGUUCGGUAGCGUUGCGCAGGAGUUCUAUCGCUGGCCAAUUGUUGCGCAGGCUGCGAGGAAAAUCAUCGAUAUCCGCUACCGGCUGUUGGAUUACCUGUAUACUUCUUUUCACAAGCAGACUAUGACGGGCAUUCCCUUCCUCCAGCCUCUCUUCUACGUGUAUCCCGAGGACGAGAAGACUUUUGGAAACGAGUUGCAGUUCUUCUAUGGUGAUGCAUUGCUGGUUUCGCCUGUCGUCGGGGAAGGGGAAGACUCCGUCCAGGCUUAUUUCCCGGACGAUGUGUUCUAUGAUUGGUUUACGGGGGCUAUGGUGCCGGGAGGAGGUGUGCGGACGCUCAGCGGCAUUGGACUUACUGAUAUUCCAAUCCAUGUUCGGGGUGGGAGGAUUAUCCCAUUGCGGGUGAAGAGUUCGCAGACGACGACGGAAUUGCGAAAACGUGGGUUUGAACUUUUGAUUGCGCCUGGUGCGGAUGGGACGGCGAGUGGGGAGUUGUAUCUUGACGAUGGGGAGUCGAUUGAGGCUCGGGCGGCGGAGAUCCGGUUUGAGUUUGUGCAGGGCACUUUGAAGGUUCUUGGUAAGUUCGGAUAUCAUCCCACUGUGGCGGUCGAGGCUGUUACGAUACUUGGACAGGGUCGAUGGCGGGAUGGGAGGCAUCGUGUUACGAUGAAGGUGCAGAUUGAGUUGACAGGUCCCACGGAGGUCAAACUGUGA